GGGGGGGCUACUGCUGCACUGUCCGCCCAAGUUGGGGGGCUGUGACGCGCGAUCCUCACGUGACCCAGAGCUGCAGAGCGACGCAGCCUUCAGUACAGUCGUCACUCGCGUCUAGCUACCAGCUGCCCUGCGCUCUUCCGGCUGGCAUUGGGCCCGGGGAAAGCGGACCAGCAAUCCGCAGGUCUGAGGGGCUAAGUGUCGCGGCGGCGCAACUCUCUGCGAGAAUUGGGAGGAGGAGACUGCGAGGAUAGGCCCAGAAUAACAACCAGAACAAAAACAAUUUCAUCAUGGCAAAUAUUCACCAGGAAAACGAAGAAAUGGAGCAGCCCAUGCAGAAUGGAGAGGAAGACCGUCCUUUGGCAGGAGGCGAAGGCCACCAGCCUGCAGGAAAUAAUAGACGACAGGCUCGUCGACUUGCCCCUAAUUUUCGAUGGGCCAUACCAAAUAGGCAGGUCAAUGAUGGGAUGGGUGGAGAUGGAGAUGAUAUGGAAAUGUUCAUGGAGGAGAUGAGAGAAAUCAGGAGAAAACUUAGGGAGCUGCAGUUGAGGAAUUGUCUGCGUAUCCUCAUGGGGGAGCUCUCUAAUCACCAUGACCAUCAUGAUGAAUUUUGCCUUAUGCCUUGACUCCUGCCAUUUUCCAUGAGAUUAAUACUGUGAUUCCCACUGUUUUCUUUUUCCUUGCAUUUUCCUGGUAUGCCUUUACUGAUCCGUUUGCUGUGAACCUUUUGUUAUUUCCAUGUGUCAGGUGGGUCUUGUGUUGCCAGCUUCUAAUUGAAGAUUGCCUUUACACCCAGUCUAAAUUUCUGUCAGCAAUAGAGUUUCAGCCAUUUGCAUGGAAAAAUAUAAAGUUAAUAAAACAAUU